AUGUCCCAGCAGUACAGCGUUCUCACCGUGUGCCUCGGCCGCUCGCCCAUGGCCGAGGCUGUCCUCAUCGCCGAAGCUGCCAAGCGGCCAAACCUGACCCUCCGCAUCGACUCGGCCGGUACCGGCGCGUACCACACUGGCGAGCCAGCCGACUCUCGCACGAUCGCGGUGUGCCGCAAGAACAGCAUCAAGUGUCCCUCGGUGGCCCGCAAGGUGGAGAUGUCAGACUAUGACGAGUUUGACUACAUCCUCGCGAUGGACACGUCCAACAAGGAGGAACAAUAUUGCACUGCGCCUCACCAUACCUCGCGAGCUCGGAAAUACGUUGGUGCCGAGAGCGCAGCCGUUUUGACUGGCCAGCACGGCGUGUGUGUGAGCGCCGCCGCAUCAAUGAUACUCAGGCUGUCCGCUGUCCGCUGUCUCCCCAGACCACCCAUCUCCUCCUUCUCCCUUCUCAUACUGACCCCCCUUCCCAGCCUGCAGUCCCUCGUCACUCGCCAGCCGCGCGGCUCCAAGGCCCGCCUGGCCCUCUUUGGCCAGUUCGACCCCGGACUCGCGCUCGCGUCCCCCGGCUCGCGCCUGCGCGUCCAGGCCAUCGAGGACCCGUACUAUGGUGGCCGGGACGGGUUCGACAAGUGCUACGAGCAGUGCGUGGCGUAUGCGCGGGGAUUCCUCGAUUUUCUCGAGGCCGGCGCCGGCGACGUGCCCAAGUUUUGA